GUCUCAGCGAAUGUUGCAGUCUAUAUGAUAAAAAAUACAAAAACACAACAUAAUAAAGCAGAGAAAAUAUAUAUAUAUUUUGAAUUGAAAUCUAUCAAGGUCGUCCACAAUGCAUAAGCGCAAUAAGGAAUUUGACGACGCACUGCGGAGGAAGCUUGCCAAAUUGCGCUUCAAACGGGUGGUUCGAGUCGCUUACGCCAAUCAUCAAUGGGUUAUGGAGUCGGACGAUCAAAACAUUACCUUGAAUGUGAAAAAGAAUGUGGCGAUGCUGGUGCGCAAGAAGCACAAGACGGGCAUAUUAACAAUGGCGCAAAAAGGUCUCUUGGCCACUUUGCAUAGCACUCGCUCCAUAGCAGAAAGAAAGAAACUUUGUACUAUUGUCGCUGGCUUAGGCUGUUUUACACAGGUGCCACCGAAAAUCCGAGCUCGUUUGGUGCCUUAUCUUCACUUUAUGGUCGUUAGUUCGGGUCGCACCUUAAUGAAGGAGGGCGAUGUGCCCACCUGUGUUUAUUUUGUUGUUAGCGGCGAAGUCGAGAUGUCUAAGCUAGUAUUGAAUAAGUUAACACGUAAGCUGGAGUCCAAGCCUGAGGCAUUUUUUGGACCCGGCGAUUGGAUCGGAGAAAUUGAGCUGCUGGAGGAGGAUUUGAGAAUGAAUACAUAUAAGGCUACAACUAACUGUGAAAUUCUGGUAUUAGACGAUUUUGAUUUUAAGGCUUUGCUCAAGCCAUAUGUAAAAAAAGUUUGGAUUGAGAAGAAGAAAGCGAUUGCCUCGCUUAGCUAUCUGAAAUUCAUGAACGACUCGCAGAUUGUGAGCGCCUGUAAAUUUGGCUUGCUAAAACAAUAUGAUCCACUGAGCACAAUUUAUCCGGAGAGCUCGGACAACAUACAACACGUGUACUUUGUGCUGAGCGGGGAGUGCGUUCUAUUGCAAUGCCUGCAUAUGUUGGUGACUACGGAAAAGGGGGAGGCGCACUAUGAGCUGUCUCCCGUGGUAGAGGAAGACUCGGACAACGAGGUAGAUGACGAUAAGGCAGAGCCAUUAGAUGUGAGGGAGCUGCUGCGCUCGAGCUCUUCGCUGGACGAAGCCGGUCACAACAAGAAGAAAGCGAAGCGAAAGGCGGAGUUUGCCAAGAUCGAGGCGUAUUGCAAGCUGUUGAAUCAGAAGACGGCCCCAGUCGAGGACUCGUCGACGCGACUUACCCAUCGUCAAUUGCAUCAUCACAGAUCGCUGGUGGAGGAGAAAUGGGUCAAUGUGUAUGAUGAUACCCCUGGCGAGGACUACGAAGAUUUCUAUUCGUCGGAAAGUGAGCUUAACUAUGGCACCGUGGGCCCAUCGUUUCGACGGGAGGCCAGUCUGCCGUUGGGCAUUCGUCAAUCGAGUCACGUGAGUCGAAUUAGCAAGGCUAGCAAAUCUAGCAAAUCUAGCAAGAUGAUCAGCUUGGAAGCGGAGCACGAGGACUCCGAGAUAGUCUCAGCAUGUUCACCAGCCCACAGCUCGAGCGCAUCGGAAAAAUCGAGGAAACCAAAAACUGAAGAUAACUAUGCCACACACUUCGUGGACGUUGGUUCGAUGACGUUCGGCGGACUUUUCGGCGUGGGCGAGAAGUGCGAUCAUCGCGUGGUCAUGGCCCGAACGACAGUCCAGUGUCUGCUCAUUCCACGCUAUUGGCUCAUGGAGGAGGAGCAGAAUCCGGGACACAUUUGGCAGCGCAUGCGCUUCUAUCUGGAUCGCUGGAUACCCUCGAGGUUGAAGCUCUUCGACGACUUCAUCAAGACACGCAAAUGGGCCCAAUUCAAGAGCGAUUGUGUCGAGCAGUUCACCCACUCGACCUCAAAUACCACCAAAAUUGAAGAUAUACCCAUCAUAAUUCGCAUUGUCGAAUCAAAAGGGUCAAAGUCCGGACAUUAGCUUUUAGGUUUACAACAACGCAGCAACGAAUUUACGAUAUUACAAAAUGUGAUGCACACUGGGCCUUCAAGUGUGGACACAAACCCAUCUUUAGCCGAAAACAAAACCCAAAUAAGUUGCUGCUUCUGAAUUCAAAACACGUUUCAUUAUUAUACAUAUCAGGUUUUAUUAUUUUUAUAUAAAAUUCUGAUACUACACUUAACGAUAUAUACGCCGAGCGGCAUUUGUAAAUUUCCCAAUGAAAAAUUAUGUUGUUCAGUCAAAGUAAAUGUCACAAGGUAUCCGUUAAUACGGAUAAUAAAGGUGCAUGCUUACCGAGGACACACAUUUACGAUAUAAAUGUAC